UGCAGCUGGUGGAACAAGAACUAUAAACAUACAAUUUAUUUUUCUAUAAUCAAUAAAUGUAGCUGUGUAUAUACAUGUAUACAUAUAUAUUCACUUUCUUUGCAAUUCUCUUGUAGAUGGGGAGGAGGAUGAAUAUUGAUUAGAUUUCAUGUCUUUUUCAAUCCCUGAUAAAACUGUUUGGCAAAAGCUGAUGCUUUUACCUGAUUUUGUUCUUAAAUUUUGUUGGGUUUUGAUUAAUUUGGCUAAAGAUUGUAUCUUUAUGAUCAAGAUGAAUGUAUAUAAAUUGUGUUAUUGGAAGAGAGGGGUUCAUUCUUUGCAUUCCCAUCCCCAUUCCCAUUCUCCAUCUUUUUCUCUUCCUGCUCCUAUCCCACAAUGGCCUCAAGGUCAAGGAUUUGCCACAGGAAAAAUCAAUCUGGGAGAAAUAGAAGUUUGUCAAGUCACAAAUUUUGAAUUCAUUUGGGGAUGCAAAUUGACAUCAGAUAGCAAAAGUGGUAUUAGCUUCUAUAAGCCCUGCAUAGUGCCGAAUGGUUAUUUCAUCCUUGGUUACUACUGCCAGUCCAACAGGAAGCCUAUACGAGGGUUUGUUCUAGCGGCUCGGGAAGCGGUUACACGUAGAAAAGAGGAUUCCUGUAGUAACAACCCAGAUUAUAUACCAGCUCUUAUUAAGCCCCUUAGUUAUUCACUAGUUUGGUGUAUAGAUGAAAGGAGAGAGGAUGACCUUAACGGUGGUGUUUACAUCUGGCUUCCUCAACCACCUGAUGGUUAUAAAUCUCUAGGAUAUAUAGUCACUAACAAGCUCGAAAUGCCCAAUAUAGAGGAAGUUAGAUGUGUCCGAGCUGACCUGACAGACAACUGUGAGACUCACCAUCAAAUACUCAAAAUUGUUCCUACAAACUUACAGUUACCAUUAGAAGUCUGGAGCACAAGACCCUGUUUACGUGGAAUGUACGAGAAAGGUGUAGCCGUCGGCACAUUUUUCUGCCGAAGUGAUUGCAAUUCUGGAGAAACAAUUGCAUGUUUGAGAAACUUAAAUUUCAAUCUGCAUGCAAUGCCAGAUCUCAGUCAGGUUCAUGCACUCAUUAAACAGUAUGGUCCCACUGUUUUCUUUCAUCCUAGUGAAGUUUACAUGCCUUCAUCUGUUUCUUGGUUUUUCCAAAAUGGAGCUCUGUUGUAUAGGAAAAAUGAUUCACAUAGCGAGCACAUUGAUAAUGAAGGCUCCAACUUGCCCUCUGGUGAAACAAAUGAUGGGGAGUAUUGGAUAGAUUUGCCAAACGACGCUCGACGAGAAACUGUCAUGCGUGGAAAUUUAGCAAGUGCAAAACUUUAUGUCCAUGUGAAGCCAGCUCUUGGUGGUACAUUCACUGAUAUUGUGAUGUGGGUGUUUUGCCCAUUCAAUGGACCAGGCAUUCUGAAAUUUGAGUUUAUGAAUGUUAGUCUUGGGAAGAUCGGGCAGCAUGUGGGUGACUGGGAGCAUUUUACUCUCCGAAUAAGCAAUUUUACUGGUGAACUUUGGAGUAUUUAUCUUUCGCAGCACAGUGGUGGCCGUUGGGUGGAAGCCACAGAUUUGGAAUUCAUAGAGGGGAAUAAAGCAAUCAUUUAUUCAUCAAAAUAUGGGCAUGCAUGCUUUCAUCAUCCAGGGACUUACCUUCAAGGAUCCUCAAAGAUAGGAAUUGGAAUAAGGAAUGAUGCAGCUCAAAGUGAUUAUUAUGUGGAAUCAAAUAACCAGUAUGUAAUCGUUGCUGCGGAGUAUCUUGGUGAUGGAGCUGUUACUGAGCCCGAUUGGUUGCAAUAUAUGAGAGAGUGGGGACCAAAGAUAACAUAUAAUUCCAAAAUUGAGCUUGAUAAGAUUAUCAAUCGUUUGCCUUCAAAGUAUAGAAAUUCUUUGAAAAAUGUUUUUGCCAAGUUCCCCAAUGAGCUUUCUGGGGAGGAAGGUCCAACUGGGCCAAAGGAAAAAAAUAAUUGGAUUGGAGACGAACGAUGCUAAGUUUGUCCGUGAGUUGGUUGUGUCAAUAACACGUACAGGAGAUUGUACAUCGACGCGUAUAUGUUGUAGAUGUGUGUAACUAUUGUAUCUUUGUUUGGACAGAGUUAAUGCCUCAUUGUCGCCAGGAAUUGAAGCACCAAGCUGAUUUAAGUGAUGGGAUACUGAAUGCUAGCAAGAGAACAAAGUGUGUUAAAGCAUUCGGAUUGUGUUGAAGCAUUUGGAUUAUAAUUGCUCGAGACAGGUACAUAUUCUCUACAAGUACAGUUUGAGAAAUUGCAGUAAAAAUGUUCUGGUAUGAGCAAUUUUUGCCUUGUGACUGUGAAAUAGCCGAGAAUUUGUAAGUUGUGAAAGAUAACAUAGUUUGUACAGUGAUUAAUAUCAAACAAUGUAAAAGAAAAUUCUUGAUAUCACGGGCAUUUUAUUUCCUC